AUAAAAUUUCAGGUCAAUUGAGGACCGUUAUAAGGCUGUUUCUGAGACUGCACAGACCAGAUCCAUAAUUGGGCUUGGAAUCUCAUGCUAUCGAGCAAAGCCUAGCAGUUUCGUCUCUAAACAACACCCCAGGGAUUCCGCAGAACAAAAGCAUGAUAGCGGAGAAGACGAAAUGGCUAAUGGUCACAAUCCGCAGCUAACGCUAACCGGUUCCUGCACUGGUGCUAAAGUGGUGGCAGAAUAUGGUGAGAUGCAAGGUGAAGACACAGUCAUGGAAGACGCAAUGCAAUAUGGCAGCACGAUCGGUGGCGGUGCAAGGAAAGGUGGUUCAGCAGAGAGCGAGAGUGCGAGCUCGCGUCCUGAGCGCGAACUGUGUACGGAAUACACCGUGCAGACGUUCAGCAUUACCGUGCUCUGUUCGGAAAGUUACGUCGUCGAACCUGCCGCGCUGCAGUUCCUUGUGUCUCACGGGUUUGAUUUCAACAAGCAGUACACAACCGGCGUUCCCUACUACAGGGGUAAUGAUAAGCGUGACGACGACGACGAGGCGUGCCUGCUGCGGCGCGUCGUCACCGAGCUCGUCGCCUGCCGGCGCGUCGUCGCGCUCCACAACGGCUUCAUCGACCUCGUGUUCACCUACGCGAACCUGUACGCCCGCGCUGCCCGCCCGACCCUCGCCACGUUCCCUCGCCGACCCUCUCGCAGAUGUUCGCCGGCGCGGCGUGUUCGACACGAGCACAUAGCGGAGUUCGGCGCGCGCCUGCCCGCCUCCUAUCUGGAGUACGUCUACCGCAAGUGCCAAAGAGACAAUUUUGCUGAGGCUCAGGGGUCUAAACGACAUAUAGGCAUUCACUUUCUUGACUACCGUGACUGCGCUGGUUUUGUUGACUACAGACCUUGUGGGCUAGACAUGGGAGACCACACUGGAAGUCCUUUCUGCAAGCGUUAUGGUGCACACGGCUGGUGUCCCGCGGGAACGAGCUGCGAGCUCAGCCACGACAUCGACGUCAUCCUCGACAACGAUGGCUGCACGAUCGAGCGGAAGAAGCGCAGGCGCACGCGCAAGCGAACCCACCAGCGGCAGCUGAAACACGGCGAGGCGGCGGCGGUCGUCGUCGACGCCUCGAGUCGAGAUGCGGAGGUCGUCGAUGCCUCAAGUCGAGACGCGGAGGUCGUCGACGCCUUGUGUUACGGCGAGCCCAUGGGCGAGACAGCCGGUCAGUCAGUCGGUCAGCUCGCUGACACCAACAGCGGACCGGCGAGCAUGGAUCGUUCGUCCGUUAUCGACGAGGCUGCUCGUGGUGAACACGCGUUUGUUGUCACUCGCGAUGGAGGCGAACGAAAUGGGAGCACGGGAACCGAGGAAAGUUUGCUAGAGGCAGGGGAUGCCGCCUCGGUUAGCCGUGCUGUUAAGGAUUACUCAGUGAAGCACACGGGCGGCCACAGGGCUGGCUACGACGCCUUCAUGACUGGUUUUGCUAUGGCCUACUACAUACGCAAACACGGAGAUUUGAAGUCGCCUGGCUUUGGACUUGGACGGUUCGAGAACAGGCUGUGUCUCAGUGGUAAAGACGUUGGGCUACUUAUUUCUAAAAGUACGUUUGUUAAGAAUUCCAAGUAUCACACAGAAAAGCUCGAAAGAAUAGAAAAUGCGCAAUUGAACAUUACACAUUAGCAUUUCUUUGUAUAAGAAUAGUAGUUAAUAAAAAGCUUCAGUGACUCAUUA